UUUGUCGCCUUCUGUUGUUGUCCUGUCUUCUUACUGAGGAAUUUUUUAAUUUGCUUUAUGGUAAAAACCGACGAGAUGGUAAACAUUGUUGUUUACUUCUAAAUAAAAAAGCAAAUCAAAAUCAUUUCUUUACCAUUUGUCUGUCUCAGUGGAGAGUGGCCUAAAGGCAAACACUCAAUAACGUGCCGUCAAAAAUAUUUGUCCAUUGCAAGGAAUAUUAUCAAUCUAUUCAAAUGGAUGAGAUAAAUGCUAACAUUCCUGAGAAUUUCACCGACUUGCCCGUUCACAAGCAUUACAAUCUAACCCAUUACCAUCAACGCUUCCACUGGGAUUGUGGACUGUCUUGCAUCCUGAUGAUUCUGAGCAGUGCUUCGCGAAAGAAAUUUCUUACGAAUUUCGACGAAAUCUGCAAAGAAGAAGGUUUCGGUCACAGCACAUGGACCAUAGACUUAUGUUACAUUUUACAGAAAUUCAAUGUCGAGCAUUUGUACCUGACCAAAACCAUUGGAGUCGAUCCAACCUACAGCCAACACAGUUAUUACACAAAAAUAAUCGAUAAAGACGAGGAAAGGAUAACGCAAAAGUUCAAGGAUGCUCAAUCGCAUGGGGUAGCGGUCGAGCAGAGGACGGUUCCGUUCAUGGAAAUUAUUCGUCACCUCGCUCAACGGGGCCCGGUUAUAAUUCUAACGAAUGCGUCACUUCUUAGAUGUGAUGUGUGCAAAAAGGACUCAUUUGAGCGGAUGGGUUGUUCGUUUUUAAAUCAAAUUGGCAAACCCAGGCACUAUGCCGGUCAUUAUGUGGUCCUUUGUGGAUUUGAUCGGACGAAAAAGAAGGUCUUCUAUAUGAAUCCAGAAGUCACAGAUGGACAUGUUUGUAUAAGUUCAAUGGAUUCUAUGGAUAAGGCUAGAACUGCCUUUGGUACCGAUGAAGACAUAAUUCUAAUUUACAAUCGAUAGAUCUAAGAUACAAAGCGAUUAAUUUUAAACAAACAAAACAAACUUAUUGUGAUAGCGGUUACAAACUAAUAUUUACGUUUAAUUAUGUUGGCUAUAAAAUGUGUGCAUUUAUAAAAGAGCACUGUAUACUUUAUUAUAACAAACUAUAUUAAAAUACAAAUUAUUUACCUAUGCCAGAUUAAAAUUGCCUAAACUUUUCGGAAUAAUUUAAGAUAUACAUAAAUACGUAACGUAGGUUUAUUUUGUUAAUUGAAAUUAAAGAAUAGGAAAGCCAACAGUGAAAACAUUUUUUGAAUUGAAUUGAACCCGAUAACAACAGGUGUGCCGCAUUUUAUUUGGAUUUCAACAUAUACAGUGACGAGCAUAAGUGAAGGUACCCUAUGUCAAAACUUGUGAAAUUUGAAAAAUCUAAUGAAUAAAAGCAGAUAUUGAUAAAAGUAAUGGAUAUU